UUUGCUGUGUGAGCGCAGGAGGAUGGGCAGCAACGUGUGUGAGUGUGUGUGUGUGUGACUGUGUGAGUGUGUGUGUGUGUGUGUGUGUGUGUGUAGGUGUGUUUGGUGGCUCUCUGCAGAACUUGUACAGACAGGAGCAGGAAAUGGCUGGAAAGUUCUCAGAGCGUCUGGAAUCUACAGUGUAAAAACAGGAGAAGAGAAGAAGAGAGAAGAGAAGAUGUCUCAGGCUAUUUGCUGUACGAUGUUGAACUGUUCCUGCGACAGUUUCAGUCCGGGGAAGCUCAGACGCCGACAGUGUGAAAACUGCAGACACGGCUGGGUUGCUCAUGCCCUGAGCAAGCUGAAGGUGCAUCACAUGUACCAGGGGAGUCAGGUGGAGAUCGUUCACUCCAAUGUGGUAUUUGAUAUCUGCAGUCUGAUGCUGUAUGGCACUCAGGCCAUUCCCGUCCGCCUGAAGAUCCUUCUGGACCGACUGUUCAGUGUCCUGAAGCAGGAUGAGGUCAUUCAAAUCCUCAGUGCACUUGAUUGGACUCUGCAGGACUACAUACGCGGAUACGUACUCCAGGAUGUGGCUGGCAAAGUACUGGACCGCUGGGCCAUUAUGACCUUUGAAGAAGAGAUUGCGACGCUGCAACAGUUUCUACGAUUCGGAGAGACCAAAUCCAUCGUGGAGCUGAUGGCUCUGCAGGACAAAGAAGGGCAGGCGGUCAUCGUGCCGACAGCCAGGGCCAACUCAGACAUCCGCAGCUUCAUAGAGAGCAGCAUGCAACGUCCCACGGCCCCACCACCUAAAUCAGAGCCUCUGAGCAGAAGCAAUGGUCACCACUUUGAGAGUCUAGUGAACAGCAUGGCCUUCAUGCUGCCUUUGCAACUGCUCAACUCUGCCCCUGCUCCACUGCUCAGUUCCAGAGCAGACUCCAGUCUGCAGGAGGCCCCGGUGAGACAUGAGACUCUGGAGCUGAGCCCUGAUAACUCCACCCACUUCAUCUCUGACCCAGAGAGGGAAGAAGUCCAUCUAGACAGGGUAAGCACCAAGGUGGAAUCUGAUGAUUUCACAAUCAGUGAUAACUAUUCUUCGCCCUCGACACCCUGCACCCCCUCCAUCAGCUCUGACAUCACUCAGAUGUCCCCAGAAUCAAAAAUCCGGCCAGGAGAAAAAAGCACAGUAAUGAAGAAAGGUCGUGUGAUCUGCAGUGCUUGUGAGAAAACCUUCUACGACAAGGGCACACUCAAGAUCCACUACAAUGCUGUACACCUCAAAAUCAAACACAAGUGCACAAUCGAGGGCUGCAACAUGGUCUUCAGCUCUCUGCGGAGCCGCAACCGGCACAGUGCCAACCCCAAUCCACGCCUGCACAUGCCCAUGAACCGCAACAACCGGGACAAGGACCUGAGGGGUGGCCUGAGUGAGGGGGAGGCGAAUAGCCCUCAAGCUGAGAAGCGGGAGUUUGUAGCAGCAACAGGUUCAGCAGACAGCAGCAGGUCUGUCUCUGGCUACCUCAGCUCUGAGCCCAAACUUCACAGCUCUUUCCCCAGUGUCAGUCACAGUGGCAUCCUCUUCCCCAACCUGAAAACUGUACAGCCUGUCCUGCCAUUCUAUCGUAGCCUGGUGACUCCUGCAGAGCUGGCCAACACACCUGGAAAUCUGCCGUCACUCCCUUUGCUCUCCUCCUCUGUUUCUGUCAGUGUUGGAGAGUUGGGGAACAACACAGAGUGUGUGCCCAAGAAGAAAUCCCGCAAGUCCAGCAUGCCAAUAAAAAUAGAGAAGGACGAGCUGGCAGAGGGCAGUGGAUCUGAUGAAGAUGAGAGCUUACCUGCCAGCACAGAUGCUGGGAUGGAGUAUGUGAUACAGACUGAAUGUGACGAGCACAGCAUUGUCCCUCAGACCAUCCAAACUCAGCGCUCUCAUACAGAGGGGAACCAGUCAGAAGCCAAGUACCACCAGAAUGAAAGCUGUAUCAUGGGUUGCCCAUCUCCCUUCAGUGGCAGCCAAAGAGAACUUCACUGUCCCAGUGACUGGAACAGGCUGUUGCAGCAGCCGGAAGACCAAACUUGCAGUGAGGCUGGCUGUGGGGAAAAUGAGCUAAAAAAAACACCCUGCAAGACAGAAGAUGCAGAGAUCAGCAGAAACGAUCUAAGAGCUGUAUGUGCAGAUGGUGGUGAAGACCUGCAGAUAGUGACUUGUGAAGAUAAUGUAGAAGAUGACCUUCAUCAAUGUGAGAGUUGCAAUAAAACAUUCAAAAACCCUUACAGUGUGAAAAUGCAUUACCGUAGUGUACACCUGAAGGAGAUGCACAUGUGCACCGUCGCUGGCUGCAACGCUGCCUUCCCAUCACGCAGGAGCAGAGACAGACACAGUGCGAAUUUGAAUUUGCAUCACAAGCUACUGACCAAAGAUCAUUACAGCACAUCAGGUGCAGCAUUCACCAUGUCAAAAGACACUUCCUCUGAUAUUACUCAUAAAGAGACUCUGAGCCAGGCGUCUGUGAUCUUUAAGGGGAGUAACCGCAUGGGCCUAGUGUUCCCCAUGAGUAAAGCAGUGGAAAAUGUGGAAGGUCCAACAAAGGACAUGCUGGAAGAUGAGACCGUGCUGGACCUGAGUACCAGAGGAAGUGGUCAAUCUCCUUCCUGGGACUCUGAUGCCGGUAGUGAGGAAGGGCUCCCUCUAGAGGACAGUGAUGAGAGCUGUGAUGGGCUUACCGCAGGUCAGGCUGCAUCUCCAGCUGCUCAGCAGCUCCACAGCUCCUCUCCCAUCACCUGCCACGUCUGCCAGAAGGUUUACAGCAACAAGGGCACGUUCAGGGCACACUAUAAAACCGUGCACCUUCGGCUUCUACACAAGUGCAAAAUACCAGGAUGCGAUACCACAUUCUCCUCCGUCAGGAGCCGCAACCGUCACAGCCAGAACCCAAAUUUACACCGGAACCUCCCUGUCCUCAACCAGGAAUAGAGGAACCCACAAAGGAAGUUUGUUUGUGUUGUUGAAAAACAAUGAUUUGUCCAAUCAACCCUAACCCUAACUGCAUUAAACUAUAGAGUGAAAUGUGAGUGAAUAGAAAAGCACAGACCUUCACAAGUCUCAAAACAUUGAUCAUCACAAAUAGCAGAACUGGCUGUUCUGAGGUGCUCACAAAUUAUUCUCUCUCAUCCAUGUAGUCUAUUCCAUUUAGAGUUUGCAGGGCAUAUGUUGGUCUACUUCCCUUCAUGGGAUUGAGAGACAGUCAGAAGAAGGAUGUGUAGGCUGUUGUUAGUUACAGGCAGUUUCAUCAAAACAGACCUGGGCUGAGUCUUGUAGAUCAGCUCAUCUGGGUACUGAGGCACAAGUUCUUUCACUUUUAACUCACUAGAACCAUGCAUUGAAUUUUCAUGAUAUGCCAAAAUUAGGCAACAUUAUAAACGUCAUAUUACAUCCAAGAUUGCAUAUUUCAUGAAGGCUUGGCAUCAACCAAGUGAUGGUUCUUUUGAUUGGCCAUUUUUUGUCAUUUAAUCCGUUUAAGAAAGAACAUGUGAUAUAAAUUGUUUAUCACCAAAUGAUUAAAAAUAUAAACUUUGCCACAUCGCCCAGUACUAGCACUCACUCACUGAUCCUAAACCUGCUGCUACAUCUAAAUAUGUGCAGCUCAGUGAAUCACCAAUGAGUUUGAUUCUGGAUUCAUUUGUCAGAGCUUUUUCAUGAGUAGUGACCAAUUGUGAAAUCUUCAUCAUUGUAAAUCUUUAGCAUGAAACAGAAGUGACCUGAAAAGUGUUUGGUUUGAAGACGGUAAACAUUUCCACCAUGGUACAAUUUUCCUGAGAGAUUUGGCACAUUUUUUGCUAAAUAAGCUUGCAGCUGUAAAGCACUUGUAGACUUUUGCUAAAAAUAUUGCUUCAGUUUUUUUAUGGCAGUUACAAAAGCACAUUUUUUCCUUAAUUGCAGUAGUCAAGAGUGUAAUUGACUAAUUAUUUAACUUAUGAAAAGAUUUACCACUAACAUAACUUAUUUUUAAUCUGUGUAUGUAAGUGUAUAUGGUUAUUUCCACUCUGCGUUUUUUCCAGAAAGAAAAUGAUCAGCGUCUUUCGUAGAUCUUUUUUUUUGUUCGGAGCUGGUAUUCAAUGUUCUCUGUACGAAGUCAGCUGCCUUGUUUCGUUCUGCUGCCACAUCCAGAGCACGAACUCUGCGCUCUGAUUCUGUAACAGGAAUAUGCUCCCAGAAUUCCCCUCCACACUUCCCUGCCCCCGUCCUGAGAGACAUUCAGGCACAGCAGUUUCACUCUGACCCUUGAUUGCACUGAAAGGAGAAUCUACUAAAUUGUGCCAGUACAAAAUCCUUACAUGUACUAUAUAAACUGUAGACAGGCAGUGACAUGCAUGUCCAUUUUUGUCCUCAUCAAUCACACACCAAAAGUAUCUGGACUAAAUUAGAUUACUUCAUAAAACGUUGAACAAAAUAGUAUUUGUUUGAGGUGUUUGAGGGAAAACCUUCUGGCAUAACAUCAGACAAAUGGUGACUCUUUAUGAGGAGAAAUCCUGCAGACCAGACUGAGCCUCUGAAACAUCAAAGUCCGGAGCUGUUUUUUUUUACAGUCUUGUCGCUGAGGGACCAUGAAUUCAAAGUAUGCAAAGACAUUUUGGAUCAAACCUGCAGAAGAUCUGCAAAGAAACAGUGUAAAUCUUUUCUUACAUCAUCAGAAGAAAAUAACAGUUUUUGAAUAGUCUGUUUCAUUUAAAUGCCACUUGGUUUAAUAUUUUGUUUCCAAAGACAAUGAACUAAAUACUUUUUCAAGUAUGGCACAGCUGUCCAAAUACUUUGUGGUGCCAAUGACUUUUCAGGUAAUGUUUGCAAGCCAUGCAUGAUAUCAGAGCUGACUGCAUGCUGAUGUCAUAAUCGCAGAGAGCUGCAACCUCAUGGCUCUAAAAUAAAUGUUAACAGUUUCUAAUGCUAACUAAUCAGGAGUAGGGUCAGCAGUAAGGUCAGCAGGAGGGUCAGUGGUAGGGUCAGGGGUAGGGUCAGCAGUAAAGUCAGCAGUAGGGUCAGCAGUAAGAUCAGCAGGUGGAUCAGCAGUAGGGUUAGCAUAAGGAUCAGGAGGAGGGUCAGUGGUAGGGCCAGCAGUAAGGUCAGGAGCAGGAUCAGGAGGAGGGUCAGUGGUAGGGUCAGCAGGAGGAACAGAAGUAGGAACAGCAGUAAGGUCAGGAGCAGGAUCAGGAGGAGGGUCAGUGGUAGGGUCAGCAGGAGGAACAGGAGUAGGAUCAGCAGUAAGGUCAGGAGUAGGAUCAGCAGUAAGGUCAGGAGUAGGAUCAGCAGUAAGGUCAGGAGUAGGGCCAGCAGUAAGGUCAGGAGUAGGGUCAGCAGUAAGGUCAGAAUCAACUUUUCUGAUUUUCUUGUUUCCUAAAAAUGAUCUUUAUAGUUCUGCAGAGAAGAUGAACAGAUUUUUUACUUAGAUCAUUGUAUUAAAUAUUUUAAAGGUUUGCAGUAAUGUGCCAAAUCAUUUGGGAAAAAUGUAAAAUCUUGAAAACCCUCGUCAAAUCUUUUCUAUUCUAAACCGACCUGCAGGGUUUAUAAUGCAAUGUAGAGCACCGACACUCAGAUUAUGCUCUGAUUACUGAGUAUUUAUGUGUGUGUGUGUGUGUGUGUGUGCUCGUAUAUGUGAGCAUGUGUGUAUAUUUGAGUGUGUGUAUAUGCAUGUGUGAGUCUCUGUGAGUGUGUGUAUGUGAGUGUGUGUA